CUCCCCAGCCUCCUCCCUGCCCCCAGACCCACACCCAGACCCCGAGCCUGGCCAGCACCAAAUCCAGGAGGAGCAGUAUGUGAGCGAGGGCGAGUGCAGCCAGAUCCCCACACACGCGGCGCCACCCGACUGCAGGGACGCCGAGACCAUCACAGAUGUGUGUAACAGCACUGACCUCCCGGAGUUUGAGAUCAUCAGUCUUCUGGAGGAGCAGCUGCCGGUGUACCGGUUGCGGGCCGACACCGUCUACGGCUACGACCACGAUGACUGGCUGCACACUCCCCUGGUCGCAGCGGACGCCAGGCUCGACCUGACCACUGAGCAGAUCGAGGAGACACUCAAAUACUUCUUGCUAUGUGCAGACAGAGUGGGCCAGAUGACGAAGACCUACAAUGACAUCGAUGCUGUCACACGUCUGUUGGAGGAGAAAGAGAGGGAUUUGGAGUUGGCUGCCAGGAUCGGCCAAUCGCUGCUCAAGAAGAACAGAAUUCUGACCGAGCAGAAUGACUACUUGGAGGAACAAGUGGGACACAUCACCGAAGAGGUGGCCCAGCUGCACCACGAGCUGAACCUGAAGGAUGAGCUGCUGCAGUUUUACACCAACGCAGCCGAGGAGAGCGAGGACGAGUCCAGUGGCUCCCCGACGGGGAAGAGGAGCAAACUGGAGACGGCUUCAGGAGGGUUUGGUACUGACACACUCCAGAGGAAACUCAAAGAGCUGGAAGAGGAGAACCUGUCGCUCCGUUCAGAGGCCAACCAUCUCAAGUCAGAGACCGAGACUUAUGAAGAGAAGGAGCAGCAGCUUGUCAAUGACUGUGUUAAAGAACUGAGGUUGUCCAGUCUGCAGAUCUCGACCAUAGCGGAGGAGCUGGCCCGUAAGACAGAGGAUGCUGCCCGACAGCAGGAGGAGAUCACCCACCUUCUCUCUCAGAUAGUGGACCUGCAGAAGAAAGCCAAAUCUUAUGCGGUGGAGAACGAGGAGCUCUCUCAGCACCUGAUGGCAGCUAAAGACGCCCAAAGGCAGCUCACAGCUGAGCUGCAGGAGUUGGAGGAGAAGUACUUGGAGUGUAUCGAGAUGCUCCACGAAGCCCAGGAGGAGCUGAAGAACUUGAGGAACAGAAACUACCCUGCAGGAACCCCCCGACGCUUCCACCCGCUGGGGCUGUACCCCAUGGAUUCUCUGGCAGCUGAGAUCGAGGGAACGAUGAGAAAGGAGCUGAGCCUGGACGACCCAGAGUGCGAGGAACAGAAGACCCACCGCAAGCGUGUGUUUGAGACGGUCAAGAACAUCAAUCAAACGGCCCGGCAGCGCUCGCUGGCCCCCUCCAACUCCAACAUCCCAGGCUCCAACCAGGCUCUGUCGGCUCGCACAUCGCCCCAGUCCAGUGGCCUGGUCACGCCCCACUCGGGCCUGUACGAGGGCGACAUCACCGGAGACGGUGUUGCCCUUGACAACCGAACUCAGAGCAUCCUGAUGGAGACAGCAUCCAACCAGGACAGCAGUGCAGACAGCCAUGAGAAGAAGGCUGGUGGGGCCGAGGACCUCCGGCUGGCCCUGCGCCGCCUGUCCCUGCGCCGGCAGAACAACCUGAGCGAGAGGCGCUUCUUCGAGGAGGAGAGGGAGCGGAGGCGCGGUGGUCAUGGAGGGAUCCAUGACAGCCAGGGGGGCGGCUUGACCCCCUCAGACAGCAUCAUGUCCCUGGGGAACAUCCACCUGUGGGCGUCGCGGGGGCCCUACCUCCCCGACAAGCUCCAGAUCGUCAAGCCGCUGGAAGGUUCUGCCACCCUGCACCACUGGCAGCAGUUAGCCCAGCCUCACCUCGGCGUGAUCCUGGACGCCAGACCAGGAGUCGUGCCAAAGGGCUACAGACCCCUCGAGCUAGAGCUGGAACAGGUGUAUCCGUGGGGCGGCUUUGAGGAGGACGAACCCAGUGAGCAGUACUUCCAGAACCUGCCCACCUCCUCAGCCUCAGCCUCCCCAGCUCUGCCCUCCACCUCCAGCACCGGAGAGGCCAACCCUGGGCAGCCGCCGCCCAGCCUCGCUCCGCCCUCUCCCCCUUCCCCGUCUGCAUCACCGCACCUCAGCAACACCGACGCCCUGGCUGCGUACUAUCCAGGUAAAUGCAUGGCCCACACCAGUUCGACCUACACCUUCACCACCUGUCGGAUCCUGCACCCGACCGAUGAGCAGACCCGGGUCACACCCAGUCUUAACCCGGGCCCAGCCACGUCUUCCUGCGUGAUGACCAGCACUCUGCUGGGCACUCCUGCUGCCACGCCAUGCACCCCCCGCCGCCUCAGCCUCCGGCCCUCCGAAUCCUCUACCAACCUCAGAGAAGCAACGCGGACCACCAGCACUUCCUUGGGGUUAGUGCGCCUCCUCCAGGAGAGAGGGAUCUCAGCAGCCAUGUAUCACCAGAGCCAGGGCUUGGAGCGCAGUCAGGGCAUUGGAGGUGUCUUAUUCAGCACCUCCAUCACCCCUCAGAGGGCCCCUCACCCUGACCCCAUGCGCCCCUCUACCCCUCCCAAUUCCCCAACAGGACAGGGAGGCUCAGUCAUACCGCCAGGAGGAAGUGCAGACAACCCCGUGGGCUUCGACUUCAAGAGCCCUUCCUACGACAACUUCCUUGCCUCCAAGCCAGCUCGCUCUAUUCUGAAGGAGGUGACGAGGGGCAGGCAGAGAGCGAGGGACUGUGAAAGCCAGACAGAUGUUAGUGUCACCGUCCACAACCUCAACUUGGUGGACAAGGUGAAGCGGCUGGGCGUGGCUGGAGCUCCAGGGGGCAGAGCCGUGAGCCCUGGUCCCAUCCUAGCGCCUCUGGGAGGACUGCGUAGGUCCGCUUCCCCUUUCGGUCCUGAUGGAAUAAGGAGGAACAGGAGUUACCCGGCUAUGGUUGGGGCCAGUAUGGCUAUGAAAGGCCCGGGACCCCAGGAGGAGGCUGAACUGCUGCUGGCCAGGCUGCCCAAACAGAGCAGCCUCAAGUAGGACCGAGGACUGGCUGUCACCUUCCAGCACAAACACUGACUGGCACCAUUGUUACUGUAACAGUCGUCACAAUGGAACAGUUACUAGUCCCUGCUGUGGUCCCACACUGACACUGUGCAGCUGGAGAGGCUGCUCCUGCUUGUAUCAAAAGCAACUGAAGACUGUCUUGAAGAGAGACUUGGGCUGUUCCCACUUGGCAUUAACAUUCAUCUCAGGUGAUCUGAUCAAAGCCUUGAUUCCUCUGAGCCUUACUCCCUCUCCCUCUCAUCCCUUCCUCCUUGUCACCUCUCUAUGCUACACUAUAACUAUCCUUCUAAUAUUCCCCACCCUUCCUAUUCCUUAUAUCUCACUCAAUAACAAAACAGUUGUGCCUAUCCUCUCUAUUUCUAGAAUUGACCAAUAAAAAUCAUGCCAUCGCACUGCAAAAACUAUUCAGAUUUAAAGGUUCCAUUCCAAACUUGUUGGAGGCUCGUGGAGACGCAUUAGCUUUCACAUUACAGAUGUAUGUGUCUGCCUCCAAAAGCAGUUGGAGUGAUUGGAUCACAGUGUCCAACACCACUCACAGUGAGCCAUGUCCAUUUAUGGUCGGAUCACCAGAGGCGGAUGUUAAUGCCAAGUGUGAACAGAGUCUCCCUCUCUCAACUCAGAUCCCUGCUCUGGAGGUUGACUCCACUGGAUAGGUGUAGUAUUCACUUUCGUCUUUCUGAAAAUAAAUAUACCAAAUAAUUGCACAUGAAAGGCCAUCGAAAUACAAAGGUACUUUGGUACACUCCAUCAAAUUAGCCAUCACACUAGUUGGCUUUUUGUCAUAGCACUUGAACACGCCUUUCUUCUUAGCUAGUGUUGGAUUACGAAGCAAAUCUUAAGUUCCAUGUUUUAUUUAUGAUUAAGAAUUUAAAGUAAACAUAUGAAAAUAUCUCUCUCUCCUUAUCUGUCAGCCUGACUCUAUCUCUAUUGCCCUGUUUCCAUAUCCCUCCUACAGUAAUUUACGUGCAAGAUGACAAAUCACUUUCAAGAAAUCAUUUAACUGAUUUUCUGUCAGUAUUAAAGAUGCUUUGGUUUAGUUUCCUAAUUGGCCAUUAGACAGGGAAGUUGAUGGUGCUUCCAUUGAGCCGGACAGAUCAAUACUCAGAAGCCACAGCUUACAGAGGGGGCUGGAUAGUGGAGUGGAGGACGGAGAGAGGGAUGAGUGAAGUGAUUGUGGCUAAUCAGCCAUUGUGGUCGGAAGCUUUCUUAUGGUUUUGUCGGUGGAAUGAAGCAAUAUAGUGCCUCAAGAAUCUCUGUGUUUUGAUAAUAUAUGUCUUUCAUGCAUUGGAUUAGGCUGUGAAAAAGCUGUUUGUCUCAGUUACAGGAGCUGUCCAAGCCAUCGUUGCACUCAUUACAUGUUUAUUUAUUUAAAAAAAAAAAAAAAUCUUAUCCUGUAUUUAAAACUAUUUUUCGUACAAAGUAUUAUGUGUCACCUCACAUGUGCUCACUGUACAUACGACUCCUCAUUGCUAUUGAAAUGCCACUAAUGACACACUCAGAGAUGAAUCACAGACAGACUGUGUGUAGUACAUUUCCAGAAACCAUACAGCACUGUAAUUAUUGGGGUGAGCAUGCAAUCAGGGUACUAUUUUUUUUUUUUCCAAAUUAAA